UAUGUGCGGGCAGAUUGAAAUUUGCUUAGCAAAUGGCGAACUAGUGUUUUCCUUUAUUUAGUUUUAAAAAUAUCGAUAUAUUUUAGUUUAAGAACUUUUAAAUAGCAUAGAUAACAUGGACAAGAAAUGGGAAUUUGAUGCACCGCAGUUUGUGGAUUUUACGCAGCCUCAUGAGUAUGAAAGUGUUUACGAUGACACAUGGUUUGAUCGUCAUUUUGAAGAAGAUGAAAUUAAUGGACUUGGCAAGGAAGGAGGUGGUGGCAACGAUUGUGCAAAAAAAUCACACAGAGAAAAUGCUCUUAGAAUUUUAAAAACAGCAGGUAAUGCUGUGCGCAUUGAAAAUAAUAAGGCUGAGCCAAUGGAAAUUGGGGAGAAAUCUCCAAGUUCAUCAUCUAAAGAAAAAUCAGCUAGGAUGUCUGUUGCAGAGAAACAUAACUCUUCUGUCAGUUCUGCAAAAUUGUGCCCAUCUCCUAGCAAGCGUCAGAAGAUGUCAGAAGAACAGCCUGAAACUACUCAUACCUCAACAGUAGACAAAGCUGAAUUAAGUUCCCCUGUCAGAAGAUCCCACACCCCUAAUGUGGAUAAACCAAUAGAUUCUCCAGCUGCAAACACUAGACAGAAGACAUUAAAUAGCAGCAAGUUAAUUCAUUCUGGAUCUCGCAAUGGUUCUCCAAGGAAAAGAAUGGCAGGAAGUAAUUCACCUGUGAUAAGACAACAAGGGACCAGCUCAGGUCAGAAAGCUGUGAGGCGAUCUCCAAGGAAGCUUGUUAAAUCUCCAGGCCAGUCUCAUAAUUCAACUGCUCAGGGUUUUGCUUUGAGGAGAUCACAGAGCUUAAAGGUCAAGUCUAUGUCUAAAUCAAACAGCAUGGGGACUCUAGCAAAGGCUGAAGCUAGUAAUGCUGCUAAGGGUAAAUUGUCUGAUCAGAAUUCUGGAUCCAUGUUAAAUCUUAAUAGCAAAGUGAAGACUUCGGAGGAAAUUGAAUUGGAAAGGAUUGCUGCAUUAAAAAAAGAGAUGGCAAAAACACGCAAGCUUGCACAGGAAUCAUACAAGAAGGCAAUGACCGCUCAGGGAUACGUACCAAUAAGAUCAAAUCAACCUUCAACUCUUCCUCUAGGCUUUCAUUUUAAAACCGAUGAAAGAAUAAAAGCACCAGAUGGUCAAGUCUGUGAACAGAGAGUGAAGGAUUUCGCUAAAUCAUUACGAGAGGCCCUUCCACAAUCAGCUCUUCCAACAAAACCAACAAUCCAAGGACUGACAAAGCCCAAACCUUUUAAACUUCAUACACAAAAGAGCACUGGCUCACUUGUACAACCUCAGAAAUAUGAGUCAAUGGCUGAAAGAGUGUCAGCUUUUCAUAACAAGACUCCUGAUCGUUUCAGAAGUAGACCUAAUGCAAGCAAAGAACGAUCUCGUUCAGCUACAAAAUCUAACACCUCCGGGUCUGGUCAUCGACUGAGAUCACAAUCCCCCAAGCUAACUGUGCCAAAAACACCGAAUUUAACAACAAGGGGAAGAUCAAGACCUGUACAUGCAUUGACAACAGAGGAAAAAGAAAUGUUAGAAUUUGAUGAACAUCAAAAGCAACAGUUCAAGGCUCAUCCUGUUAAUCACAAAAUAUUUGAGGUGCCAAAUAUUGGUGUACCAAAAGUGACCCCUAAACCCACCACUGUUGCUGAGGAGUUCAGCUUUCAUCACAAGAAAUCUGAGAGUGUUGGGGAUAUAAGAGGGGCAGGGGCAGAAGAGGAGGAGAAGUAUGAAUUUCAUGCACGACCUGUCAAUCCUAAGAUAUUGCAAGGAACGGUGGGUGUGAAGCCAGUUGAACCACAGGCCAUUACUAUUCCUGAAUCUCCAGCAUUUGCCUUAAAAAACCGAGUUAGAAUACCUAUUGAAGUACCUAAACAGGAUGAUAGCAAGAAUGCUAUUAAAGUGAAUCCAGUACCAUAUACUGGUAUCCCCUUCAAGCCAAGACUAGCACAUCACCGCACAGUACCUGAACCUUUCACAGUGGAUGAGAGAAGCAGAGAAAUGCUCUCUAGAAAGGAACAAAAAAUACAACAAAUUCUGGAAGAGGAACGCAAGGCAAGAGAGUUCCAUGCCCAGGAUUUACCUAGUGAUAGCCCUGAUACACUGCCACCAAAACAAACCCGUCCACCUACUCAACCUGAACCUUUUCAUCUGGAAGCUGAUGAAAGGGGGCAAAAAUACAAGGAGCAAUUCAAAGCAAAGCAGAUUGAGGAAGAAGAGCGAGCAGCCAGAGAGGCAGCUCAGUUUAAGGCUAGACCUAAUGAUGUGAUACACAAAGAGCCAUUCCAAGCCCAGAAAUCAUCUAAACCCCUUACAGAGAUCAAUGGAUUUGCUCUCAACACUGACCAGAGGGCCUCACAACGUGAGGUUUUUGACCAACACAUUAAGGCACGUGAAGCAGAGAUAGAAGCUUUAAAAAGGCAGAGAGAAGAGCGAAUUGAACAAGAAGAAAAGGCUGCUGUGGCUCGUCUGAGACAGGAAGCUGUUCAUAAAGCAUCAGGCAUUAAAAAGUAUAAAGCUGUUGUUGUAAAGCCUAGUGACAAACCACUAACAGAAGCUCAGUCUCCAAGGUUCUCACAGCGCAUCAGAUCAAAAUAUGAGAGCACUGAUGUAUAAAUACACAAUUUUCUACACCUGUUAUAAAUUUUUGUACAGGAUGAAUCAUGGAGAUUCACACUAAUAACAUCUGAAAUUAAAACCCCCUCAGAUAUUAGUGUUACCUGAUGAAACAAGCCACCAGUUGUGUUGAUGUGACCUCUGGUUCCUGCAUCAGCUUGUCAUCUGUCUUAUUUGCCUGCUAUUUAAUUGGUUCUAUUGUAAAUCAUGUAAAAAAAUUUGAAUGUUUUACUGUUUUAUUAUAAUGAUGAAGUUGAAAAUUGUAAAGACAUCUAUUCACAAUCAUUCUAUCAUAUCUACAGUCAUCAACAUGCUAACUUGAGGAUAAAGAAUGAAUUAAUCAUACUAAAACUGAACGUAUCAAGAUUUCUGUUGUAUACAUUUUCACUCCAAAUUGCAGGAUUACCCUAAACCUUAUUUAAUGGGGACCAAGCUAUUUUGUUUUAAUCAAUUUUUAAUUGACUAACAGCUAAUGCCCAUUUUAAAAAUUGUUCGUUUCUGUUGAUUGCUGUACAUAAGAGUAUUUUUCAUGUGUCUUUUCUAUUGGUUAUUCAGAAAAUGUUUUUAGAAUUUUAAGAUUAGAGUUGGCGGUAAAUCUUUCCUCUCUCUUGUUAACUGUACAUAGUCCUUUUCUUCAGUCACGUGGUUAAGUGUCUUCCAUUAUUGCAAAAGUUUAGUACAUUGGGAAUGUAUUGUUACUUACUAUAUUAAUUUUAUUAUGUGCCUAAUAUUUUUAAGAAAAAUGUCAACUUAUAUAAAAGUAUCACAUUUUGUA